GUCAUGACAGCCAGUCGUUUCCAAGGUCUAUUCCUGACAGCGCGUGCGUGCGCCCCCGGUGGCCCAUGCCAGUUGCAGAUGGGGCCGCACGGCUGCAGCCUGCAGCACAUUUCAGGGGGCCAGCAAGAGGGUCGGCCAGAUCAAGUGAAGACACGCCCAGCGCGACACGACUUCCAAGGCUGGUUUCUGACGUCGAGGCCCACGUCGACGGCCUCGCUUCGCUGGCCUUGGUCACCACCAACCGCCCUCUGACCCACUCGCUGCUCUGCCGUUCCUGCCGUUCACUUGCUUCUUCCUGCUUUGCUGAUUUACUACUUCACUUUCAUCUGCUCUGCUCUGCUCUGCUCUGCUCUAUUCUAUUACAUCCUCCAGUGUGCAUCCUUAUCGAAGCAGCUGACGAGUUCAAUUGACCUCCUGACUUGGUUGGUCCAACCGCCAUGCCCUUCGUAGCCAACACGCCCGAGUCCCUCGUCAAGCGGACCGACUCCAAGGAUCCUAGCACCACAUGUCGGGGCAUCACCUCCAGCGGGCGGCCAUGCAGGAAUGCCCUCGCUCCCUCUGACAAUCCCGCGCCCAAGUCUCGGAAGAAGUCUCGCGCCCUCCCCGACCCUUCCAACCCAGACAAUUACUGCUGGCGCCAUAAAGACCAAGCGACUGCCAGUACACCACCGCAGGCCAAUGGACCGAUCCCCGAGGGCCGGACGAGCGUCGAUACCCUGACUGGCCGUCUCGGCCUCCUGUCGACCAACACUGCCCGCCCCGAGAAGCCUUCCCGACCGCACAACGGCUCUGGCUCCUUUACGCGGCCCUCGAAGCCAUCCAAGGAGCUCUCCUUCUGUUGCUUCAGCAUUCCUCUCGACUUCAUCGAGGAAGAGCCAACACCCCCGCCUCGACCUCACUCCUAUCCCGUCCAGCCCUCCGGGUCUCCGAAGCCUUCCAAGCCCUCCUCGAACCAGUACCUCGGUCCUACUUCCUCCAGACCCAACAAAUCGAGCCGGCCGAGUCUUGCAAGUCAGACCCCCUCCGGAGGCUCUCAGACAUCGCAAUACCUGUCACUUAUCCCCCAAGAUGCCCCGCCACAGACGGCGUCCCAGCUGAUGGGCGAGCUGGCAAAGCCACUGUCGGAGAGGGAUGAGGCAGGCUACAUCUACAUCUUCUGGCUGCAGCCCGAAUCAGAGCUCUCCUCGGCCCCGACGCAAAGGGCCCGUUCCUUCCUCGACGAGACCGCCCGCGCGCUCCCGGACACCGAGACCAACACCCGCUCCAUCCUGGACCCGUCCGCGCUGGCCCGCCCCACCGGCCACGAGCGCCGGCCUAGCGACAUCCUGCGCUCGUUUGCCGACCAGGCCGACGCCAUCGGCACCCGCAGCCCCACCACGACCCGCAGCCGCGGGCUCAGCAGCGGCGACGACAGGAAGACGCUGCUGCUCAAGAUCGGGCGCGCCAACAACGUCCAGCGCCGCAUGAACGAGUGGAAGCGCCAGUGCGGCUACGACCUCUCGCUCAUCCGGUACUACCCGUAUGUCCAGACCGGGUCCGUCGUCGAGCCGCGCAAGAUGCCGCACAGCCACAAGGUCGAGAAGCUCAUCCACAUGGAGCUCGAGGGCCUGGGCCUGCGUGUCGCGUCCAGGGGCCCGUGUGAGGCCUGCGGGAGGGAGCACAAGGAGUGGUUCGAGGUGGAGGCUUCUAAGAGCGGCGUCAUGCGGGUUGAUGAGGCCAUCAAGCGGUGGAGCGAUUGGGACGAGGGGAGAACGUCCUGAGGCAUUAAACUUAUGUUGGCUUGGCUUUGUUCGGACUCCACAGAACCUGGUGCUUUUUCCUUUUACUCUAGACUCGGAUUGCAUGCAGCGAGAGACUGACGGCAUGUCAUUGGGACUGGGCACGGCGUUCUGCAUUUUCUGUUUGGCAUAGCAACAGGCGCAACUAGCAUGGGCUAUCUAUUAAUAUGUUCACUUUACUAGCCAACUUGGCAACUUUUCGAUCUCCUUUCGAUCUGCUUACCAUUCUUGCGUGUCGGUGUCAGUUUGCACUCAGCUUUGCAACUUUUGAUCACAGGAUAACCACGGUUGUCCUGACGGGGUCCGUAAGGCUGGCUGACGGCGAGUCGUCCGUCAACUGGUGUCUUUACUAACAAACUAGAAACUCCCAAACAUCCGCAAGGUUACAAAUGAUCCGGACAACGUUAGGUAUAGGAAGGGACGGUUAGUACAAGUCUUAUACAAACUGCCUAUGUACCCGGUAGACGCGCAGAUGGUGAAGCGCACGAGCAAAAGUUGCGACUUCUUCAACGUUUCCGAGUUGUGCUAGAUGCAGUAGACUGGCCAC